AUGGUCUUCAAACCCACCCGUGGUAAGGCACAAAAGAAAAUUGGGUCAGCCGGCACUAAUGUUGAGCAGUUCCACGGUAUCAGCCCAGGCAAGACAGGCAGCCGAACACACGUGACACAACCAAUCUCGACGAAUGGCAGCAUGCUUGCAAAAGUAGAAGCCUUUAGACGCUCAACAAAGAAACCGAUACCACGUAACACUCGCUUCUUCCUUACCAUUCUGUAA